AUGGAGGAGCUGCAGGCUGCCGUGACGGCGCACCUGGACCAGGUGUCGGGCCUCGUGCAGGCGCUCUCCUCCGAGCUCCGCCGCGGCAUGGGGCCCGCCGCUGACAACCUGCGCGGCUUCAUCCGCGCCGUCGACUGGACGGAACCAUGGCUCAUAUGCUUGAUGGCAUUCCAUGUGGUUCUGCUGCUCACUGCUGUAUGGUUCAGGAGGAAUGCCAACUUCCAGCUAUUCUUGUUAUUUCUUGCUUAUUCAGGAGUGUAUCUAGCUGAAAGAAUGAACAGAUACCUGGGAGAGCACUGGAAGAGCUUUACCAGUAGGAAUUAUUUUGACCGUUCUGGAGUUUUCAUCUCUGUCGUCUGGUCUGGGCCCCUUAUCUUCAUAUCUAUUGUCAGUGUGAUUAGCAGCCUCAUUGCAUUAUGUCGAUUGAUGGUGAAAUGGAAGAGAGCAGAACUUAGGCACCGGGCUCGACUUGCUCGUGACAAGAAGGAUUGA